AUGCGUGGGCACGAACAGGCGCACACGCGUGUUACUGCGCGGAGCGCUCCCCGGCCCGGCGCCGCCGUGCCGCAGCUCUCGUCCCCCGGUGCUCCCGCCCGACCGCCGCUGCUCCCGGCAGCUCUCCCUGCCGACCUUCGGACGGGAGCCGGAUCUGCCUGCAACGCCAGACCGCGGCAGAAGCGCUCCUUCUCACAGGGCCGGCAACGUGACCCGACCUGCUGCCACAUCACUGCCGCCGGGCUGCACCGGGCGGCCCUGCCGCGCCGCCGCCCGCUGGCAGGAGGCGGCACCGGGCACCCCCGGCUCGGGCUGCCGCGGGCCGUGCCCCUCCAGCCCCGGGCAGCCCCCCGCCCCUCCUCGGGCAGCCCGCCAGGAUCCUCCAGCCGGCGGAAGCACGGGGUCCCGGUGCCCGAGGGAAGGGGAUGCUCUUCUUUCCCGUGCCCCGGGCAGAGGCGCCGUCCGUGCGUGCGUGUGUGUCCCCGCGUGUGCGUGUGUGUCCCCGCGUGUGUCCCCGCGUGUCCCCGCGUGUGCGCCGUGCCUGCACGCCGUGCCUGCAUGUGUGGCCCUGCAACGUGCGGGGUGUGCGGCGUGUGCGGGGAGCGCAGCGGCCCCGGCCCCACGUGCGGGGCCCCCCCGACACCGCCACCCCCUCUCAGAGCCCGGCUGGCGGGUUUCUCUCCGGUAUUACCGGAGGGAAUCAUAGGCGGGAAGUGUCAGCUGAGGCGAUCCAUAGCGAUGUGUUUAUCCCCGCCGCCAGCGCUGACCGCUUGCUUUUCAUUCGGUUCAGUUUCGCUCCCUCCCUUCCGCGGACUCCGGCUCCUGGAGGUGCGUGACCUCCAAAUCCGGGCUCCCACAGAAUCGGGAGGCGGGGGAAUUACCCCAAUAAACACCAAACACGCCCCCGCCGGCCAAAACAGAGACGGGAACCUCACAUCGUUCCUGUCUAACGACCGUGCUUUACAGACUUUUCUAGUCAAGUGGCUUGCUCCUCAAAACUGCCUCAAGUGGUAACACCCAGCAUGUUCCAGUCCUUUGGGAGGCCCCAGGAGAAGCAAAGCACUUCCCUGCUAUUUUGAUGAAAACCUAAGGCCUUCUGCAUGCCUUUUUAUGGACUUCUGGGAGAAGAAGAAAUUUUUGGGUCAUACACAGAAGAACAUGUUCCUUUUUUUUCCCCCUCUUUUAUUUUUUUUUUAAAUCAAGUGGAUAUCUGGGAUAUUUUACAGUCUUAGAAGAAAACAGUGUGAACACCUUAAAAGUACAAACCUAGAGCAACACUGUUGGACUUGCUGUAUAAGGCCAUAUGGUACCACCUGGAUAUUUAUGAUGGUUACACACUGCAGUGGGGACCCAGGCUGUCACAAGGCCCAUUAGAAAAUGUAGCAGGAAAACAACACACUGGGAAAACAAACCUUCAGGGUUUCACUCUUCCUCUGUCCUUCCUUCACUGCAAAUAUAGCUGUGGAAAGCUGAGGCUGGAGAAGUUGAAGCACAGAUCUUCUUCCUCCCUGCUAGCUCCAAAGGGGCAGAGAUUUGCAGGAACACUGAAUGCACCUUCAGUGCACUCUGGGAGAGGUUGCCUGGAAGGAAAUCAAGGGGUAGAAAUCUAUGAGA